AAAGUUAUAUACACAUAGCAUCGGUCUUCGUGUGAGGAUUUAUCACUAAGUGAAGUGAAAAGAUUGCUGCUCACAACAUUGAAUUUAAAUCACCCUCACGGUUCCUUAUCCUUGUCUGUUCGAUCCCUGCAGUGUUUGCGUGUCUUUGCCAGUUUAUUGCUCCGCAGUUUUAGCGUAAAAGGAAUGAAGGUUCUAGUCCAAGGAGGUCAGUAUUCUUAAACACCAACGGGGUAUCCCUGCAUUGAAAUCUCAUAAAUUACCCAGCCCAAAAAAAGGUUGACCACACCACCAGGGUUUACGUCCCCUACUCUUUUCGGGGCUCUUUUCUUUUUUUUGUUGGGUUCUUUUACGUCCCUUAGCUUAAUAAUCAGAUAAAUGAAAGUGCUGUGAGACGGGUUCUAUGAUUUUUCGUCCUUAUCAUCCGUUUGACCGUUUGCAGACGUCAUUACAAAGGCAGCACUGUUUUAACAAAUCGUUUAGCUUUGAGUAAUCUUCGUACAGUUUUGAACGAUAAUCCGGCAGAACUUUAAGGACUGUCGAAUGUUUUAAACUGAAUUUCAGUUGAACUUACUAAGUUCAAUAUUGAAUUUUAUGACCGAGGAAAAAACUAAACUUAAUAUGCGUGCUCCAUACAUCUUCAUAGCCUGUCAUUCAUCUCUGCCUCGGUUAAGAAAUUGUUUACUUGGUACAUAAAAACACGUCCAGAGGCAUCGAAGAAGAAAAUUAGUUACUGGAGAACAUCACGACUGUGUACGGUUUCUUAUUUGGCUUUGUCAUUAAAAUAGCUAUCAAUUCAACAAUUCAAUGCUAAUAACCAAACGCUUUAUUUAUAAAACCUAACGUUAUGUAUCUAACUAGAAGCUAUACUUUCUCAAAACUACCAAGACUGAUAUCGUCAUCGAAUUUAAUUUCGACAUUCAAGUGUAUAUGAGGAUGAGGAAGCAUAUCAUCGAUCUCCCAAAUGGACACAAUUGAUCCCCUCCCCAACUGGGGGGAGGGAGGAGGCCUAAACACAGUUACAUUGUGUGCGCUCGAAUUUCGUUGCAAAUAACACCUGGUAAUGAUUUUCUAGUUUUGAGAAAGAGAGGGCUGACACCAUUCGAAAUCUGUCAACGUCUGUAAAGAAAAACAUUUGGCGUUGGCUAGAGAAUUCUUAUUUUAAAUAUUAACCAUGACCAGUUUUACUGGGAUUUAUAUUACAAACCACUUGUGUUAAAGACACAAAUAGUGUAGCCACCUGAUCAACAUGUGUUUUGGGUUUUAAGGGGAAGCGUCAUUAUUGUUAAAUAAAUUUUAAUCAUUUUUAUUAACCAACUACAAACUUGGCUUUGCAAAGCAGUUUUCUAAACCAAAGCACUUUUUAUCAUGUGCAAAUUAAAACUGAUAAGUCGAGGUCGUACUCAAGCAUAAUGCUGACCACACCUAAGGGAGAUAGUAUCAUGACUCAAAAUGUCGCACGAGCUGGAUUUCUUGGGGAAGAUUUCUUUUGAUUCUUCAAAUGCAUGAUAUUUUGCUAAGAUUCAAAAAAUUAAAACUGAACGCAAAAUACCUUUGAUGAGUUUUCAGAUUAAAAUAAAUGGAAUGAAUUCAGUGAUAGAGCAAGUUUGGUUAUAAUAACUAGAGAAUUAAAUAAGUUAAUCGGCCAUCACCGAGCCAUCAUUAAGAAAAAAGCAGAGGUCCUCGAUGGCCAAAGGCCAUUUUAGUAACAGCUUUGUUGCCUGUGUACAGACGCUCCCUCUGAUUUUCUCUUGAGGAAAGGGGGCACUUGUGCACAGGCUAUACCUACAUCUUUGUGGUACGUCGAGAGGACUGUGAAUCCUUUUUAAACUUUGCAGUGUUAAAGUCCUUAAGUCGGCCUGAUUAUCCUUUUAGGUCUUCCCUUAAACACAGAAAUACCGACCAUAGAAAUCGUAGCCUGUAAAUUGCUUCUACUUAAGAGACCUACAAUUAAACAAUUUUUUCAAUUCAGGUUUGUUUGCGGGAUAUUUCAGUUUUUCUUAAUCAUUUAGCCCCUUCCUCUAAAGGUGUCUGAUGCCGAAGGCUCUUAGGGAUGUGAAGUUUCCUUUUUUUUUGGCUUAUAAAGUUCAAGUUUUGUUUAUUAUUAUUAUUAUUUUUUAUUUUUUAUUUAAUAUAUUAUUUGGCUUAAUUUAAACACAAAACGUUCAUAUCACAACUUAUUACUUUAAUUUGAUUGCUUUUUUGAUUGCUUUUAUGAUAAGUAUAGAAACGGAGGCUUCGCUUUUAGCCCUACCUGGCUAAAUAUAUAUAUUUCAGGGCCAUAUCAGCAACAUCUUUGAAUCCUUUUGUUAACCUUGCAGUGUUAUUGGGGGUGUUUCUUCUGACGGUGGAGGCCAACCAUUGUAGGAAGGUGGAUUGGUGGCAUUCAUUUGACAAGAGAGGCUGGUCUAGGUGUAGCCACUCUACCGAGUACUUGAAUGGGAUCUACAGAAAUGACAACAAGGGUCAUAACGAUGGAUUAUAUCUGAUCGAGGAAGGAUGGUGCUGCAAGGCUCCUUCGCCGAACCAACACCAGCCGUCACAUUGCAAGAUCGCAAACUGGUGGAGUGUGUUGGACAGGUCAGUGAGAUCAGGUUCCGCCCGGUACCCAACCUCUUACCCUUUGCAUACCAUUUUUGACAGAAUACUAUAAUCUACAAACAGUACCCCUUUCACAUACCUAGUUUAGAACUUUGUAGCCCUUUUAACUGCUCUAAAUGCGCUGUCUUUAAAAUAUGAAUAAUCACAAAAACAGAACAUGGUCAGAACGUUUUUUCGACUUUUGUCACUGAGCAUGAUAAUAUGUAGCCUCCCUCGCAGCCGUUUUUUGGAUGUCAUAACAUCCAAAAAACGGCUGCGAGGGAGACUAGAUAAUAUGCACCUGGGCCUAAUUAGACACCGACGACCCCUUAUAGGCCAUAGGCAGAACUCCCGGUAUAUAUGCCGCUAGUUUAAGACCGAGAUGUUUCAAAUAUAUCAAUGUGUACUUGUAUCCGUGUGCCAACAGAAAGUUGGAUGAUGAAGGGCUCUUAUAUAGAAUUUUGAGCGCACAGUUUUGAUCACACGUAACUCUUAUUUAACUUUUUGCAUACAAGUUCUCAUACGAGUGGUCAUAUAAAACGGUUAAUGUGCAUUGUCACUCGUGAUAUUUUAAUAAUGGACCGUACUGUUAGGACCCCGUUAAAAUAUAAACAGGACCUCAAAAUAAAAUUAAAGGGGCCUUAGUGUCUUUCUAUGUGUUGUUGUGUUUCUCGCAAUAAUGGUUAGUAAAUGUACUAAAACACACAAGCUAGACAUUUAAAGAUACCUGUCACAGUUAAGAAAAUCGGCCUCACUGUUUUCUUUAUCAGCAAUUGCUAAAUAAUGGCAUUGAAAUCAAGCAAAGGGGCCUCCAUCCUACCUGGUGGUUAAGCAAGGAAUCUCCAUAGAGAAGCCUAUUUCUUUUUCAAGAUGACCGGUCCGGCCGACCAGUACGGCGUCAGUCUGACCUUUCAUAUACAAUUAGCGCCCUAAGAAAAACAGCGAAUUUAAUUAUUUUUUCAGAAACCACCAUUGGGCACUCUGUCCAAAAGGCUACUUUCUGCAGGGAUUUUACCGUACCGAUGGUCAAUGGCUGGGUAACAUUGAGAACGGCCGAUGCUGUAGACCCAACAACUUACCUGAUAAAUACCGGCAUUGUUAUGUUAAGAACGUCUAUCGUGCGUUUGACCACAAAGGAUGGAAUAGAUGUAUGAAGGAUUAUUACUUGGUUGGUCUAUACAGAGGAAGUUGUCACUAUUUAGGCUGUAUUGAACAGUUCAAGUGUUGCAGCAUGAUCGUUGGUCAGUACAUUUUUUAGCAGUUAUUGCAUGAGGUUGAGUAUAAUAUGAAGAAUUACGCAGAUCAAUUUACAUAAUUAUUUAUAUCACUCGAAAGCCAAAUCAUAUAUUACUUGUUUUGUUAUUGCAUCUCUGAAAAUAUUUCCAAAAUAUUUCCAACUCAGUCAACAAAACGUGCCAUCUAUAUAAACUGUUCGCGUCUUCAUAACUCCCUUUGCACUGUUCCUCGUCAGCCGAAAGAAAAAGUUCAAUUAAAGGAAAGGUAUCAUCAGUGAGUCCUCGAUCGUGACAGAGCGAUGAAACCUAUUUUGCUUGUUUUGAUCACGAUCGGCUCAUUUAUGAAUGUAACUAUUGAAUCAAACUUUGAUUUUUAAGUCGACUGGUUUUAUAAAAGGUGUUUUACUGAGGAGUGCUGAAGGAAAGAGAAAUCGGCACCACAAAAUUUGUCCUACUUAACGUUAUGGGAGGUUUCAUUUUCCUUAACAGAGAGUCGAACGUCUAGUUCUGUAAUUAUAUUUUAUCACCAAUUUGCUUUGCUUUAGAUGUGAACAAGUGUAACCAAAAGCCAUGCAAAAAUGGCGCUACCUGUGUUGACCUUCAAGGAGCCGGUUAUCGGUGCAAUUGUAAAUCUGGAUUCACUGGCAAAAACUGCGAGCAAGGUUUGGUAGUAUAUGAUUUUAUGCUCUGCCGAUAAAUUGAUUUUUCUUUCUUUUCAUUGGCCGAGAGCCCACUUCGUGACCUGCAAAUAACUGCCAUAAAUAACUGCCUACAAAAAAUGGUCUGCUCAUGCACAAUGCCGUCCAACGGUGUUUAGCUUUAAGUGUUUGGCUGCAAAUAAUAUUCUGCUCAUGCGUCAAGGAAACCGUGCUUUUCUCCUUCUUGCGUCCGCUCUUGCGUGAAAAUGGCAGAUUCGCUUCCCAAGGAUAUUCAUUAAAGAAACAAACUCGGUGAUCGAAUGAUUAAUGCUUUAAAAAUGCUGUUUCGUACCAGGGAGUACUUUAAGCACAAACGUUGUCUUCACAGGAUGUUUCGGAUUGAAUUUUAAGUAACAUUUAACGGAGUAUGUCCGAGUGUUGUCCCCGGGGGGUCGUUAAGCGCUGAUUUAGUUGAACACAUUCGUUCUAAAAAGUGAAAAUAGACUAAAACCGAGUCUUCUUUUCAAGAUUAGGCGUUGCUAGUAGCGUUAUCCAAGAACUCAGGUAUAGUGUAAUUAAUAUCCAAAGAACGAGCUAUUCGAGGCAAGACUGGCCCGGAAAUUCCUACGUAAACGUAAAGUUUUAUGUCCGCAAUGCGCCUGAAAAUAGAUGACUGAGAAACCCAAAUUGAAUUGUGUUUUACAGUGUUUAAAAGUGCCCCUGAUACUCCGACCUGGAACGAAUAUGCGGAGAGCUUUUAACAGAAUGCUUUACCUCGGGGCAGGAGAUUAGCGGUGGCUUCACACUAGAUCAAUGUUUAAAAGUAUUCCGUUUAAUUUUCCUGCCUGUCUCGGGAGAAAUUUAGGGCACUCGUGCAUAGUUCGUAGACUAACUGAUUGAAAGAAAACUGAUCAUGAAGACUUUGACGUCAUUUGAAUCUCCCGACUGAGAGAGUUAUACCUUUUGAAGACAGCGGAUCUGAUCUUCUCGGCCUUGCCACUUUAGUAGUGGGCGGGACUAUAUUAGGAUAAGUUUGAUGGCGCUAACAUUUGACCUUUCGUUUACUGUUCCAGAUAUCAAUGAAUGUGAAGCAAGCCCUUGUAAGAACGGUGCCACAUGUGAGAACCUUUCAGGAAGCUAUCACUGCAAGUGCAAAUCCGGUUACGCUGGCAAAAACUGUGAAGAAGGUCGGUAAAGAAUAAAUUGAAUUCAAAUUGAGUCCCUAUUUUCAUUUCUACGGGGAUUAUUUUUUUCUCUUGUCAUGCCCGCUCGACGUCUACUAUCCCUGAGGAAAAAUGGGGACUUUAGUCUAUUUCUUCGAUUUUAACGUCACCUUAUGUGGAAGAUUUAGGCUAGGGUUCGAUUUCGGUGCCGGUGUGCCAAUCAAAGAACAAUCAAUCUAAAAAGUCAUACAAGCUAAGAAAAAAGACCGGUGAUCUUGUAACGAGCCAUACAAACAUUGCAUGCAAAGCAGAUCCUCCCCCCCCCCCCCAUUCACUUUUUUAACGGUCUGUCCCCAGCCAAUUUCCCGGGAAAUUGUCCCUAAAAGCCCCGAGGGGAGUACUUGUAUUUGAUUUAUUUUCUCCAUUUGUUUUAUUUUACAGAUUUGAAGAUGUUAUUCUUAAGAUUUAAAUAUGGGAUUACAAGAAUAAAUGGAGAAGGGCAAGAUAUAGUGAAACGGGUCUGAAACUAAUAAUUACAUGACCUUCGAUUAAAUUACAUUUACGAGAAAAGAGAAGUACCGGUAUAUAAAGUAUGAAAAUAGGAAGUCUGUGUUUCGAUUUUUCCGUAGUAGUAAUAGUAACGUGUAUACUUUUUUGUUUUGAAGACAUUGACGAAUGCCUCGACGAACCUUGCAAGAACGGUGGCACUUGCGUCAAUAUUCUGGGAAGCUAUCGCUGUAAUUGCCCAUCCGGUUUUACUGGCAGAGAGUGUGAAAAAGGUCAGGAAUUAAAAUUUUAGUUCGCCUAAUGGAUGAAUAAAUUCCAUCUUUCCAGAAUUUUUCGUUGUACACAAAUAACUACGUAAAAUGUUUUGAAAUCAAAGAAUGACGACACGUCAUUUUUAUCGCAUCAAGGCCGGUUUUCACAACAGCAGACAAAAUGGUGGAAGUCGUCCGUGACAAUAACUGGCAUUAAAAAGAGGAUGACGAGGCGCUUCGUAAAUCCGCAAAAAAUAGAUUUACUAGUUGGAGCAGAGAGGAAACGUUUUGGAGAGAAGCGACGACCGCUGAAUGCGUCUGUGUUCGCAGGCAGGCAUUCGAACGGUAUCACACAUGAGUCCAAGGCUAAUUCCUGCGAUCUAAAUUGAGCUCUAUUUUCAAAAGCAUAAUGCAAAACAUCGUCAAAGAGGUUAUCUCGUGUCAGCAAUGUUUGUUAACGCCACUUGUUUUUAUAACUUCAACGACCUAAACAGUACAACAGGAAUAGGAUUUUUUAAAAAAACAGAGAUCGAUAACGAGCAAAUUAAGAGAUCCUGCUAAAUCUAUAAUGUCAGGGAAGAGGUGAUAAAUGACAGAGGUUCCUUUUGUUCAUGUAGACAUCGACGAAUGUGUUGACGAACCAUGCAAGAACGGUGCCACCUGUCUCAAUCUUCCAGGAAGCUAUCGCUGCGAUUGUAAAUCUGGUUACCAUGGCAAGAACUGUGAGAAGGGUUAGAAAACCAUGAUUGUCUCUAUAAUAUCUUCCAAUACUCAUAUAUGUAUUCAGUCUCUUUUAAUAAUUGCUGUUUCUAAAAUAACGAGAAAACGUACUUCGAUCAAUUACUGAGAUACAUUACUCGUUCGUUGGUGGAGAUAACUGUAAUAUCAACAUGCUACUUUCCUCUUCUUGCAGACAUUAACGAAUGCCUCAACCAACCGUGCAAGAACGAAGCCACAUGUGUCAAUCUUCCGGGAAGUUAUCGCUGCAAGUGCACAUCUGGAUUUAUUGGCAGAAAUUGUGAAACAGGUCAUAAAAGAAUGGACUUUUUCAGUUUUACUUCUUCAGGAGCUCCUGACUUGUUCCGUUACUAGUCCGUUUUUUCUUUCGUAGAUGACAAAUGAACCGGUAGAUGUCAUUUCUUUUUCUACAUACCCUUAUUUUGAUUGUUGCAAAGCGCCUUUUAAGUCUUAAUUACCACUUUGAAAACUGGGAUAAAAAUUUAAGGAAAACUUUUUGUGAUGACAUAAUACCCGUGCCCUGUAACUAUAUGACAAGGUCACUCCAGGGAAGAUGACACAUUUUUUAAUUUUCUGAGCUCUCAACAUCCUUCUAGAACUUUCGAAAUUAUCCGCCGAAGAUUGUAAGCGACCACUGGCAUGUGAGCGGCCAUGUUGGAUCAUGCUUAGUAGCCUGGCCCUCUGGCGUUUCGUCCACUUCGCUGUUUCUUCGAUCCUUCGUUGCUGUUUUGCUAAAUAUAUCUUUCGUGGCAGCUUUCCCCUAAUUUCAGGGUGACAAUUAAGCUAUAGUCAAGUCAGGAAAUCUUAAACAGAUCCAAAAUGGCGGCUCACGAUGCUGUGUUUUUACACUACUUGGAGAAAAAUUAUGUCCUUUGUCAAUGAAACUCGGAUUUUGGAUUCCGGAUUCCUGGAGCUGUAUUAUGGACUCCAAAGCCCAGGGUCCCGGACUCCAAGAGCAAAAUUUUCCCAUAUUCCGAAUACUACAAGUCAUAAUUUCCCGGACUCAGGGGUCUCUUACAGGGAGCGAAACGUGGAGCUUUUUUCUUUCUACAGACAAAGACGAAUGUCUCGGCAACCCUUGCAAGAAUGGCGCUACAUGUAUGAAUAUUCCUGGAAGUUAUCGUUGCAAGUGCACAUCUGCUUACACUGGCAGAAACUGUGAAAAAGGUCAGGAUCGAUAUGAUAUUUGGCUCUUAACUGUCUGAUAACUGAGGCCCAGCCGGUAUUUAAUCGUCUUUCCUUUUUUCAAAUUCACUUUCUAAAGAGUUCCUUGAAGCCCUUAUUCUACAUUUUAAAAUGAUAUAAACGGGUUCUUGCAGAAGUAAAGAGGUGAAAAGGAGACAUGAAAAGGAAGCAACUAACAAAGCGCUUUGGAAUUGGGUUUUCACGAGCAGAUAACUACAUAUAAAGACCUUUUUUUAUUCUCCAUUGGCUCCCUGAAGGUGAAGUUGGGACUGAUCGGAUGGUGUAAAAUUUUAAUGCCUGAGAGGAAAAGAAUGUUUAUGUUUUACAUAUGUACAACUGUGCAACAUUGCCGUGAGAUAAACUAGAACACACGGGAACGCAGAAAAAUCAGAGAACAAAAGUGACCAAAAGUAUUCAACAGGUUUCAGACAAAAUUGACUGGGAGAACUGAAUGACUGUUCAGAAGUGGUUGAGUGAUUAAAUAACAAUAACCAUAUUAACAUGAUACUUUAUCCUUAUGAUUUGUGCAGACAUAAACGAAUGUCUUGACAAACCAUGCAAGAACGGUGGAAAGUGCGUUAAUCUGCCGGGAAGUUAUCGUUGCAAUUGCAAAGUCGGUUUCACUGGUAGACACUGCGAAAAAGGUCAGUAUGGGACACAUUGAUCGCGUUAUACGGUUUAUACUUCUCCCUCGUCUUGAUGUAUUUCUAUUGAAAACAUAGCCUGUGAGAGAAGACGCCCCUUUCGACUUUUCCUUCACUCGCUGAGAAAGGAGCGUACGUUCACUUCUGUCUGUAUAAGCAUGAUCUCUUUUAUUAAUUAAGCACACCAGCUACAGUUACGGAAUCUGCCACCAGUUCAAACUGAAAAGUAGACGACCUUUGUAGGUAGAUCAGUAAUCUUAUAAAAAUACAGCUUAGAGAACUGCCUUGAUAAUACUCCAUGAACGCUAAUCGUCUCAAGACAACUGACUUCCAUGACCGUAAAAGAUUUAACGCUCCAUUUUCAAUGUGCACUGAUAUCUCCAUAGACACUUACGUAUACUACUAGAAAGAAAUUGCCUUUGGUAAAAAAAAUUGGUUUCAUGCUAUUAAAACAAGGAGCGACUUCUCUUAAAAUCUUAAAGACCAAAAAAAAUAACAAAUAUCGAAUUGUGAUUUUACAUGUGUUUUCCGCAGCUUAUAAAAUAAUUAAUAAUCUGGUAUGUAUUUGUACUGCAUGGCUAAGAGCAAAUUAACGUAAUUUAAACAGCUCAAGUCAGAAGGACGUUAGCCUUCUUAAAUAAAAUUUGGAAUAAACAAAAAGAGCUCACAAUUAGUGGUAACAAAGUGAUAUACUUUCUCUCUUAUAGACAUUAACGAGUGCCUCGAAAAACCGUGCAAGAACGGUGCCACCUGUGUUAAUCAUCCGGGAACUUAUAGCUGCAACUGUAAAGGUGGAUUCAUGGGACGCCACUGUCAAAUAGGUGAUGCUACUAAUCCAGGAGUGUAGUAUCUCUUGGCAAAUCAGCUUUACACUAUACACAGUUACCAAUAGCGUGUGGUCAUCACUCUCUAAUCAAACUUUUAACACAGAGACUCUGACUAAAGAUCUUAACAUAAUUAGAUAUUUCUGCAAAUUUUAACCCCGGAAUCUGGACACUUAUGGAGAGACUAUUGCUUUUUUAAAUCUCAAACUCUGCAUUUUGCCAUUCAAAACUUUAAAUUCUGUAGGUUUUGAUGGCUGAUAUUUCCUUUUAAAAUAUAUAGUUCACUUAUAGUUAAUUAAAGCACUUUCAAGGUUUAAAUUUAUUUAUUCGUAUCUACUGUAAGCUUCAUAUGGCUCCAAGUCCCACGCGAUGAUGACGGCAUGAUGAAUUAUUCCGCACCAAAAUUUCAAUUAAACCCUCAGCUGAAAAAAAAUUAGAAUACCCGACGCCACCCACCAAAACUUGUGUUAUUUUAAACAGAAAUUUCCAACUUUCUUUAGUGUUUCAUACUUAUUUAAUUUUCUACGAAAACAAGCGAACGUUAUUAAUUUGUUGUGAACAAGUAUAUCCAUUUUUAAGUGAUCAAUCAAUCAGUCAACAAAUUAAUUUAUUUAACUACGCUUAAGCCACACACAAACUGAGGUGGGGCAUAGGCAAACACAUAUUAAAGCAUAUAGUGUUCACUGUCGGAAGAUAAGAUGCAUCGAUGUUACAUAAGUUCAGAGAAUAAUUAAUUAGUAAUACGUAAAAAUUUUACACAAUACAGUUUGUUUCACAAUAAUUGUUUUGGUGGGAGUUUUUAAGAAUAAUUAAUAUAAGUUUGAAAUUAAUAUUCCCACAAAAAAAAUUAUGGAAUCAGAGCGAUACAGCAGAAGGCAAAGAGGCAAGUUUGCUUUUAAAUUCGGAAAGCGAUUGUGCUGUUUAUAUGUAAUGUGUUCCUCGUAAGAAAGAUUGUUUGAGAGCAUUACACCACUAUACUUAAAAUUACGUCUGGUUUAUCUUGACCGAGGUAGUAGUUGAGCCACAACAAUUGCCUUCAAUUUCCUUUUUACCCGCAGAUUAAUGCUGUAUAACCCCGUUUUAAUAGACUGCACACCGGAAGAGCUCGCUGGCAGGCUACUGUUUUAAUUUCCCAUUUGAUUUCACCAUUUUUAGGUAAUACCGCUAUCAAACUGAAUAUUUCGUUAUUAGACUAUUUGCUUCUAUCCCUAGAUAUCGACGAGUGUUUCGAAGAAUGCAAUCCUUGUAAAAACAGAGCUAAAUGCGUCAAUCUUCAAGGGAGUUAUCGCUGUGAUUGUAAGCCUGGAUAUUCUGGAAUCAACUGCGAAAUUGGUGAGAAUCAAGCCUUUAGUUUACCCUGGUCUGUUGCAAAAACUCCCAAACUAUUAAACUACCUUUUUUCUGUUGUAGACUUUGAAGGAGUGGGCUGCUAUAAAGACACUGCAGAGCGGGCAAUCUCUUCGCUAGAAGGAAAAGAUCCCUCUUUGGAUGGUAAUUACAAAACUCGUAAGAACCCGAUAGCUAAGUGCGCUAUGGUUGCUCGCAAAAGAGGUUACCGCGUGUUUGCAGUGCAGGAUGGAGGAUGGUGUGCAGCAAGUGCUACUGCCGAAGAGACUUUUAACAAAUAUGGGAAGAGCAGCGCAUGCAAAUUAGACGGCCAAGGCGGACCUGGGGCAAACGAGGUCUAUGUCUUUCAAGGUCAGUCAGGAGCCCAUAAACCCGGAGCGAGCAACUUCCAUAUACUUGUGUCACGGCGUUUUGUCCAACCAGUUUUUUUUUUAGAACGGUAGUGGCGCGAACUUACAGUAUCUUUGUUUUGAGUCCCACAAACUAGUCAGAAAAACCUAAAGACCUAAAAAUGGUAUUUAUUGCCUUUUAAUGACGUUUAGUUUUCCUUUUUGAUAUCUUAUGCUCUGAAUGAGCUCAUAGACGGAGCCGUGAUUCCACUUUAACGGGGAAAAGUGCGGUAAAAUGUGUCUAAAAAUAAACCGGUCCAUGAAAACGUCGUGACAUAGGGCACAUAUAUGCCUAGUAUAGGAGUUGCUCGCUCCGGGUUAUAGGCUCGUGGGUCAGUAUAGAAUUUCAUCUUUCUUUCUUCAACAGGGAGGUCCCAUUCAGACUCCUUUGGGAAUCUCAUGACCUUAAGAUACACUGUUUCUGCUUACAAAUAUGAGUCGGUAGGCGAACAUAUUUGCCUUUAGUUAUAACUUAUAUAGGCGACCUUAAAGGCUCACAGAACCCUACAUCAGGGCACAAUGCGUUACGGUUCGUUCGAUCCGUACGGUCCGUACACAUACGGAGCGUGCAUCUCAAUAUUACAUCAGAGCAUAUAGCGCUAGGGGAAGGGAGUUGAGAAACACACGCUCCCUUAGUAGAAUUGACACUCAUCGCCAGGCUAGACUUUGGAACAUUUAACACCAAGGCAGCCACCCGUAACGGAUAGCGCUCAUCGACAAUCUCGACGAUCCUAAUGAAAAAUGGGGAGGGGCUGUGAACAAUCUACAGGCGACAAUAAUUUCCCAUAUGUGGUAAUGGCAUCAUCGUUAUCCUUGGUAGCCUGACCGAAUUUCCGAAAUAUGAGCGAGCAAUUUAUCUAUUCUACUGAUGUUAAAAUUAUCAUUGGUAUCAUGACGGCAGCUUGAAGUUUUAAAGUAGCAAGUGAAAUAACACGGUUUGUAUAAAUCAGCAACACGUUAUCUCGCCAUUUUGUCUGCAGAGAGUUAAGGUUGAUCAUCACCCGCGAUGCAGGAUUGAUGGAGUUGCAGUUUUCUUCCAAGAUAUAUUACCCUGCGAGCAGAGGAAUGCAUAAAUGAGAAUGACAUAAAUAAUUAAGGAUAACUGUAAACUGUAGAACCUUGAAAUAAACUUGCACUGUCAGAAAACGAAAUUGAAGUUGUAUACUUAACAUUUUGUGUUUUUGCUUUUCCUAUAUAACAGCUAGGAUACUAAAAAACCCCUUAGCUUGGCGACAACCAUUUAGGAACGAAAAACCCUUAUUUCUAGACCUUUUAUCGGCCAGUUAACAUGGGAAUAGCUAAAAAGAGAUUUGCAACAUUAAGGGCCUUUUUGUCCGCUAAUAUCAUGCAAAUAUGCUAAAAUUUGUUGGAGGAAUUUUUGCAGGCCUUGGAGGAGCGCGGGCUCAUUUCCUGAACAGCGGGUAGUAAUCGAGCCUAGUCUAUAUCGAACUUUUUCCGAUUUCUUUUAUUUAUUUUUUUUUUCCAUUACCUUUUAAUUCAUUUUAUCGUCUUUCUUUCGCAUUGAAUUUUGGCUGACUAACUUUCCAGGAAAGGGACAAAUUUAAACUGUGCUAAAUAGUAAGGGGUGAAUAGGAAAAUUUGCAGUGCAUUUUUCCCUAAAGUGAAUUCUUUGAUCUUUCCAAAAUAUUAGACCUAUGCGAACACUUAAGAAAGUAACAAUUUUACUUGCUUCAGGAGUAAAAUAUAUUAUAAUCAAACAGUUUUUUUAGAUCGUGGUGAAACCUCAUGUGACAUUAGGGAAAGGGGAAUAUCGAAAGCCUGCCAUACAGGCUAACUGUGACACAUCCGAGAAACCCGUAAGAGAGGGAAUUGCAUGUUGCUGCGUCCUUUGUCCUGUUGUUGGGUCCUUCGAGUCUCCUUUGUCACUGUAUAUAUCUCGGUGGCAUGCUGUGGUAUGUUCUCGCGGACUGAAAAAGCUGCAAGCUAAUCCCCUUUAAAGAGAGUCUGGGCGUUUUAGAACAGCUCGUCCUCGAUGAAUCUUUCAUAGUUCAUGUCAUCGUUAUACAGUUGAGGAUUAUCGGCUGCCAAUAAAUCAAAAGCGUACAUAAGAAAAUGCCGGAUUGCCUAUUACAAUCACCUCUCUCUUAACGGAGACCUAUAUAAGACGGACACCUUGAGUUGGUCCCUUCCUUUCUUAACUCCUUUCAGUUGACUCUAUAAGAAGGGCAUCUCUUUAAGACCGACACAUUAGUAUACCGGUCCUAAAGGUGUGAAUCCGUCUUGAGGUGGUGUUACACGGGACGAUUCGCAACAACAAUUUUCAGCGCAACACAGCAUUACAGCAUUGUUGCGACAUUGUUUCGAACGGUUGCAACAUUGUUCCAACAUUGCCGGACAACGCUGUGUUGCCUGAAAAUGGUCGUUGCAUCGUCUCUUGUGACAUCACCUUUAGAGAGAGCUGACUGUAUGGUAAUGUGCCUCAAUCCAUGUCACGAGACAAGCGAUUCAAAGACCAGCUGAAAAUAAAAAAAAAAUGAUCAAGUCCAGUCAAUGCCAAAUUAUAAAAAAUUUCUCCCCCGGCUACCUGCACCGUUGCCACCAUGUUGUGUAAGAAAACGAAAGAAAUUAUCCAUCAUUCUAUAACUACUAACAGUUUUUGAACUGAAAUAGAUCACAUAUUUCCUUAUACUUGUUUACAACGGGGCGCCGGGUUUCUAGAAAGAUGGUCAACCUCAAAGUGAACAAACGUCGGUUUGCUCAGUUGCACAAGCUUUUGUAGGCCGGGAUAAAUAAUACUAAUUAGUAAAAUCCAGCUAGUGGUCUAUUAUCAAUGCUGCGUUCUGAUUGGUUGAGCUACUACUAGGCUAUUUGUUAUAGCCCCCUAGUAGCGAAAACCGCGGGCUUUUUGGCGGCAAAAGGAUUAAAGUCUAUCUUUUAACUAGCUAAAACUUUUUAUUCUCGAUAUUUUUGACCAACUAGUUGGAUUUUACUAAAGCAAUCAUUCCUCUCGCCCUCAUGGCUUCUGAGUCAAUAGCACAUUCGGCCUUCGGCCUCAUGGCCUAUUGACUCAGAGCCGGUAUUCGGGCUCGAGUUUAAAUUGAAUCCCAGUAAUGCCGAAGUAAUGUUUACCGGACUUAAAAUGACUCCAACAGUCUCUGAGAAACUUCAGAAACGAAAUCGCAUACUAGGUAAAAUUUUAACCCUGGGUUGUUAAAUCUAACCGGCUUUCAAGGAUCUGGAUCCAGAGGUAUUUUUCUUUCCCUGCUGUAGUCCGGCCACUUUGUUCCCCUUUUCUUCUUCUGUGCCCGGCGAUUUUUCGAAACCUUGUUCGUCUCCAACCGCAGUAUCAUUUUUUCUAGAGCUCUCGUCCAUGAUAAAUUUUUCUAAAUUACAAUUGUGCAAGGGCUUGUGAGACGGGGCCUACUGUUUAUCGUCCUCAUCCGAGAAGACUAGAAGGUCAACCCGUUUGCAGAUGUUAUUACAAAGUUAUUUAAAGACCCUGAGUGUUGGUCCGGGAGGGGUUUGAACCUACGACCUCCCGCUCAGCAGACCGGUGCUUAUCCCAUUGAGCUAACCGGGCGGCAAGCAACUCCAUGUAGUAUACAAGAAAACCUAACAGAGUAUACUUAAAACUUUAAGAAACCGCACUAAAUUUAAGAAAAAAAAUCUAGUACGGCUUUGUAGUCAUUUAUAAUUAUCACUUUUGAAAAUGCGAAUAAUGAAAAUCGAUUUAGCGAGCAUUUUUUUCGACAGAAUUUGUCCUCUCAGAACUCCACUAGAAAUCGCGUUUAAGAGCAUCAAACGCCCCUAAGUGGCUUCCGCCCUCGCCGCUCGCGUGAGUCGUAGUUGAAAAGUUGAACCGUCUGUUAAACUGUGUGAUUUGAGGGAUAAAGUUAAACGCAUGCGCAUUUGUAUGAAGAACAAGGUCUUAGUUUCAGAACGUCUACGCCCUUCUGAACACACCGACUGCAAUUCAACGGACGUACAAAGAUUGUUAAGCUUAAUAUAAGCCACCCUACAAAAAAGGCAGCAACAUGAUUCAGGAACUAGGGAAGUUAUCAAAGCUAAAUAUACGUAAAUAAGCCUCACCUUCAUCUGAAUUUGAACGAAAAGAGGCGACGAAAGCAAAGGCAAACGCUAAGGAGGGCUUCAUCUUGAAAAACAGAUUGAAACGAAUAUCUAUGCAGCAAAGCCUCUGUCCCUUUCCAAUGGAUUAAACAAAAACAAGAAACAAUUCGGUAUUUUUGUUUACUGCUUACAGGACAAUAGCAAAGUUAAUCGGUGGGAAGUUUUUGAAAAAUGUUCUUAAAUUUAAGAAAACCUCUCACGAAAGGAGUAAAUCAGAAUGCUUUUCGCCACAUUACUAUUAAUAUUGAAUUGAAAGGUUAAUGUUUUUUAUUUGCUUGAAACAACAGCAUCGAACAUAUGUCAGUUGAAAUUGGCAGUCAUGAAGGCGAAGAGGGGUCACAGCAGGUUCGUCUAACUCAUUACAACAGCUGUUGCGAUUUUUUUCAGUUCCACCAUUGUGAGUUUUUGCGAUGAACAAUCAAGAACAAUUCGAGCGUUUGUCUGGAAACACAUGCUGUUAUCAGUGAAGCUGGCUGGCCCUACAAAUUCAAAGGGGCUAUCACGCCAUUUGCUAUUUUUUUCCGCAUCACUUGAAUUCUAAAAGUAACUUCGUUUUUUUUAUAUAAGACUUAAUAUUAAGACAUUGAAACUGUUUCCUGUCGUCUGUUGCAACGAAUGGCAACGAUCAUGCCAUGGACACAGAAUGAAACUUGGCCAACGUUUUCAAGUUUUUUUUUUUUGCCUACAAAAAUAUAUCACAAAAAAGUGGUUAGUGCUUCCUGAUAAAAUUUGGGUUUGAUAUCUUCGUCAUCUGACUCUACAGGAGUAUUUUGCGUAUGGGUAAAGCAUGAAGUAAUGAUUUCAGCACAGAAUUGACCUGAACACCCGGGGGGAGGGGGGAACUCCGCAUAGGAAAGGGAUGGGGAUGCUCGUCAUCUCGCUUAGGGGUGUAAAUUUCGGAUUUUGGUCUCACUAAUAGCGUGUUCUGGGCAAAACGCCAUCAUAUUUAGCCGUGAAGGUCUCGUUUAGGGUUGCACGCCAAAAAAUACAAAAAUAUCUAUAUUGUCUGUGUUUUAAAAUGGUCUCUUUGAGGGAUCAAAAAGAGCUUGGGCCGCGCCCUGAUCGGUUUUAUUAAGACUUUAAUUUAAAAUUUCCGACGAGCAUCCCCACCCCUCUCAUAUGCGGAGUCGCCCCCGGACCUAAACAGCUGAAUUUUGACAUCUUUAAUUGGCCAAGCAAUAAAUCACAUAGACACGCUUUUGCAAAGAAGAGAAAAUAAUUGUGAUUGACAUCAAAUUAUACCGGCUUUAUACAACAGGAUACAAUGAAGCUACUAACGACUUGACUGUCUACACUUCAACUCUUGAAAACGAGGAAACAGCUAGAUUGGGGUUUUUAUUUCCCCUAGUUAAUUGCUUCCUUUAAUUUUGCAGUUGAGAAAGGACAAUUCAAUGCCUUUUGUUACGCCUUGUUUAGCUUGACGGGUUUUAGUUUUGACCUUAAGUUUGAAAAAGAUCAUUAAGAGGACUGUGUCAUGUCUGUUUUUAUACCCGUUAUGCGUCCUAUCCGCUAGUUUACAUGUCCAUGGAUGACAAAAGUACAACUUCGUGUCAAACAAAUAAGUCUCCGAGGCAUUAAUUGUAUCAAAUGUUACGAGCAACAAAAUUGGACUCAGUCUGAAAAAGAGUCUUAGGCAAACAAGUUUUAAAAGUCACAAUUACAAUCCGUUUCAAUCUUCUUCAAGUUUGUCCAUCCCUGUAACCAUUUUCAUUUUCCGUGUUUUUUAUUUCUUCUUUUGAUGUUUUGACAGGUUUAUUAUUUUUGUUUCACACAGUUUGCUGGCAGUCCUGUCCCAAUGAGUUUAAAAAAAUUUCGUGACGACGCAGCUCCUUUAAUACAUAUCCUUUGCGGACAUUGCCCGUUGGAGAGACAAUUAAUCCAGUAUGUCAUUUCCUGUGCUUCAAAUGGGCCAAGACCGUUUCAUAACGUCGCUUUUGCGAACAAAACAAACUAGCAUAUCACUACAAGAUACCAAAGAAACAAACGGCUUGUUUUGAUACAGCCGUCAUGCAAUUCCGGGCUUUUGUUGUAGAUGGUUUGACUCAGCUUCCUGAACUACAUCCUACGUUUUGUAAAAUAGCACAGAGUUUUAAAAUCCAAGAAAUCAUUUGCAAAAAUUGUGGUUGUGUGGUUUGGCUUUGAUAACUUUCUGCAUCUGAGUUCAAAGAAGUAAAAGGCUUAUGCCUCAGUGGAUUUAGAGAAAGACGAAUCCAUGUCACAAUCUACGUGAUAGGUUUCAAGUCAGCAUUCUUGAUAAUUUUCGAAGUCAUCAUAGUUUUCAACGGCAGGUGGCGUACAGUGACAGAGCAAAAUUUUCUUCCGGAUAUUUAAUAUCAGUGCUUAAUAUAUUUUACCAUUACUGGGGUAAAGAAAAUCGUCCGUUAUACUGAGAACUUCGUUAUAUCGAGGUUCCACUGUAUCAGAUAUAUUGCUGACCUGGUUGCCAGGGUCCAUCUUUCCAUUAUUUUCCUUAUUUCGCCCUUUUAAAAGAGAUUUCAUAUUCGAGCAGCGGAGCCAUCAAGCCAAGACUUAGAACCAUUGCUCGACAGGUCCUGACUAAAAUGAAAAGGAAUUAUUUCUUUCAACUACAGAUUUGUUAACAGAAUUAAACCUCGACUAAACAAAUAGUCAUUAAAAGGUGUUACGUAAUAUGGGACAUGACUCUUGGCGUCAUAAAAUUACCUCCUACACGCAAGUCACAGAUACUCUCACAAAGACAAUGACGUCUAUAUCAAGUGGGCAGAAUUGUCUCGUCAACUUUAUUUCAGUGUAUCAAUAAAUUAACAACACAAUCGAAUCAAACGUACCAUGUCAAACAUUUCAAGCACUGAAAGACUUUUGAAUUGAGAAAUUCGCCCUCGUUUUCUCGCAACAUCUACGAGUAAGCCGUCAAAAUACUCUAGUUGAAUUAUCUACUACCGAAGUACAUUGCCGAAUUAAUGUAAAAUCUCUAAUUGCCCAUAUGAUGUUUAUUUAAUGAAGACCGGUUAUCAGUGCGACUUCCAUACGCACUGAAAAUAAAAGGUUAAAAUAAUAUGUAAUUUCCUGGGAGUUGGCUCGCCAGUAAUGAUGAACGCAUCACCUGCCGGAAUCCAACGAGGAUAUGGAGAGUGGGAGUCCGGAUAUAUGCGUUUGCAAAUGAAGUCAUAAGAGAGCUCUAUAUAGUAUAUAAAGAAUUUGUAGCUCGCAGUUAUAGAGAAGAACUUACUUGGAGAUUGUGCAUGUACUAGUCUAUGCUUAACACCGAUUGAAUUUCUUUUCAAUCCACGUAUAACAAAGGUCAGUAACUAUUUUAUUAGUACGGAAAUGUAUCUAUGUGUUUGGGUUAUGACUGGCUGAGGGAAGUAACUAAAGUUUAUGUUAUCAGUUCCAGUUUCUAAACUUUGAUCACAUAAAAAGGGUGUAAUUCAUUUUACCUGCAAAACACAAAGGACCUCUUAUUUAAGAGCUUGUCGUCCAAGUUGAAGUCUUAUGUCUUAAUUUAUUUCUUUUUUAUUUCAUUUUUUACGUUCCUUUGUUCCUGUUUCUUUUGUUUCAGAUUGACGAAGAAACGACGGAAACAAUCACUGUCUAAAAAUGUACUUCUCGGCUGUUGCGCUUUGUAUACUCGCUUCUGUUGUCAUUCAAGAUACUGGUAGGUAACUUAUGCUGUAGAGUAAGUUAGAGCAAUAUGAUUAUCAACGUAAAAAAAGUGCGGGGUUCAAAUAAUAGACCAAACGUUACCCCUUUGUGUCUUGUUUGCAAAUUUUGCUCCUCGAGCCACAGUCACUCAAACGUGAGAAAUUUUGGAACGUUUAUAACUCAGACAUUUUCUAAAAGUAUAACCGAGGCGGGGGAAUUUUCGUGAACAGUUUGUUUUGAAACCGUAAUGUGUUUUGGUAUAUCUUAUUGAAUGAAAGCGCUGUUCAAGAUCUGUUUCAUAGUCUAUUUUACUUUUCUUUACAGAGGCCAUGAAAUAUGUAUCGAUUGGAUGCUUCAGAGAUAAGAUGAUAAGACCCAGGCCCCUUCCUGAACUGCUGAAGAACUUUCGAAGACAAAUUGACUGGUACAAUUUGAACAAGACAAUCAACGCAUGCGCCAAACAAGCGGAAGUAAAUGGUUACCUCUACUUUGGAGUUCAGUUUUACGGAGAAUGCUGGAGUGGACCACUGGCUCACAUGACUUAUGACAAAGACGGACCAAGCACAGAAUGCAUCGCCGGUGUUGGCAAAGGUUUCGCAAACUCAGUGUAUAUGCUGACUGGCAAAGGUUAGUAUUUGAAUAUCCCCGGCUCAGAUGUAGAAUUAGUGACAGAAAAAUUUGCCCCGUUUUCUCGACUACUCAGUUCAUUAGUGAAAUUCAAAUUCGGACCUGACCGAAUUGUUCAACCUGCGUGUACGAUCAGUACUAAAAAAUUGUAUUCAUAAAAAAUAACCUACUUUCAAGUGAAUAUUAUUUAGCACGAAAGUACUAAAUAAUUAAAGACAUCGCGUAUACAAUUAGAGACAAGACCACCAUUUCUACCAGAUCAUCUGAGCGUCUCGUCGCGUCGCUUCGUCGUGAGUUUUAUACUUUAGACCCUGAUUUUUGUUCGGCCUUGGGAAUAGAACCCACGAUUUCCCUCUUUUUAGUGCAGCACUGUACCGACUGAGCUAGGCCUGUUAGAAUUAAAACAAUCUUUUCAAAUGCCAAAAGUGGUGAAGGUUCUCUCAGUCUACUUGCCCUGUUAGAAGCGGCUAGUGAUCAUGAAAUAGUCGGAUAGAUUGAGAGUUCAACAAAAGGUUGCCUUCAGCGCCUUUUUCCAAGAACAGUAUUUUAACCAAAUGUUUGAGAAGUUCUAAACAGUUCAAAUAAAAGAUAAAACGAUUGUGCCAUGAAUGAGAUAGGAGACAAAAGUUAAAUUAAGGCCCAGAGAACGGCGGUGUAUUUUUAACUUACGUACGUUAUGCAAUAAUUUGAAAAACCCUUUUUUUUUCAUAGUGGUCAGUGAAACUAACAUGAUUGAUAAGUAAAAAUUGUGCGCCAAUACUUGGAGUGAGAUAAAAGAAUUCCACACUGCUUUUUUCUUGUCAGAAAAUGAAUGUUCCGAUUAUGCUACCCUGAGUUCCACUGACAGAUCCAAGGCGCACGUUACUGUUGGUCGCCCAAAGUGCGAUCACUGGACAUAUGGUUUUCCACUUCGCUGGUACAGAUUCACUGGCGGAGCAGGCCAGGCGAUUGCGAAUAAAUGCGUAAAUUCAAGGCGGUGUCAAACGUAUAUGAGUGGAUGGAUGGACGGUCAGCAUCCAAAGGUUAGUUAAUAUAAUCCAUAUUAUUUCAUUCAUUCAAAAUAUUCAGUUCGCCCUUUCUGAUUGGCCCUAAUGCUCCGGCUAACGGAGGGUUCAUAACCAACUGGCGCUUACCAUAUUUGGAAGGAGGGAGUAGUUAUAAAAAUACUCCUCGAUCUGCAUAAUUCUUCACAUCCUACUCAGCCUCCUUCAAUAGCUACUAAUUAUGAUAUAGCAAAGCUGCAUGUGUAAGGCUGCAUGGUGUUGGGGUCCCAAGUUAGAGUUGUCAACCAAAAAACAAAGAUAAUCCGUUUUAAAAUUGUAUGUUUUCAGGUUGUUGAUGGAAUCGUAAGAAGGCGUGUAUGCUUCAACUGGGGAAACAAAUGUUGUUAUCGUUCGUCAAAUAUAAGUGUCAGGAACUGUGGAAAAUUUUACGUCUAUAAACUUCCUUCUACUGUAGGCUGUCAUCAGCGAUACUGUGGCAAUGGAAUACAAAACAAAUAAAUUCGAAAAAUUGUCAACAGCAAAUUUCUCUCAGGUCUAGCUAUAAUUUAAACUAAAACUUUCUGUUUUGAAUUAAUAACGCAGGAAAAUAAGGCCAGAUACAUACAGGCGGUUUAACCAUACUUAAGCAGCACUCGGGGCACAUUUUGAAGCUGAACCCAUGUCAACAGUAGUUCAGUAAAACUUACCAGUGCUAUCGUUUUUCUAAUAAGUCUAAUAUUAAUAUAUAAUUAGAGACAAGAUUAUUAUCGUUAUUUAUUCAUUUAUUUAAAUAUUUCUAGCUUAUUUAUUUAUUUAUUUAUACAUGUAUUAUUCAGCGUAAUAGAAAAAAUAAAAAUGUAAAAACUGCCCUUGCGAUAUGUUUUAAUUUAGACAUAUAGAUUUGUUCUGUAUAUUUUUUGUAUAUCUGUAGUCAAAAGAAAUAAAUGAAUUAAAUAAAAAUCAAUUUGAUUUGACUGCUUUUAAAAGGAACUUGAAAUCAGCGUUUCAGUAGUAGGGCCGGUGUAGGUUUUGAUCGUGCGCAAUUCCAGUUGGAUGUGCGAAGUUUCGAGGUAUUAAUGCUCCGUAUUGUCGCGGUUAUGGUUCGAUCUAAAGCCAGGUAGAAUAAAAUUGGUGUCGAUCCUCGAUCUGACAAGGGGAAAGGCGAUUAGAGAAAUUUCGGCAUGGUUUUCUUUGUAUUAAAACACGUUAAGCCGAAGAAUAGUUUAGUCUCAAAAACACUGGAAAUUAAUGGGGACGAGAACCAUCAAUAAUCUUUUCAAAUAACCACUCCGCUGGGAAAAAAUCAUCUGAGGUGAAUCUGGGCCAGCUACAGGUGAUUCAUUCAUUAACUGUCGGUUAAGCAAAUAAGGAAAUGAAAACCAUAUUCAUUUCGCUUUUUUACUAUUAAUAUCGGUUGUUACCAAGUCGAGGAUAAUGUAUCGGACUUACGUUGUCUGGCCUCACUAUAAUUUUACCCAUAAAACUUAACGCCUAUCAAAAUAUUUUAAAAAAAGAAGACUCUAGGUGUUUGUACAUUAACCAGUGUGUUUGUUUUGAAAGGUACCUCCGUCAUUCAAUAUCCCGGAAAGCCAUCGGACUGAAGUGCGGUAAAAGCGAAAAGUACAUUUCCAUUGUUUUUACACGGAAGACAAUCAAGCGCGCGGGGCUUGACGUCAACUAAAACAUUUUUCCUGUUAUGUUAAUUCACGAUUGGAUUUCGUACUAUGCGGCAUGUUCAUUUUUAAAAGUUGUCCAUUUCGUUACAUGUCAAAAGUACAGCCAAUUAAGGGAAAUUCUACAAAGUCUUUUUAUUGCAUGACGUCCAACGGUCAGAUGAUAUUCGCUUGUUUCCGCCCAUAAAGAGGUCCAUUUGCGUGCAAAGAGUGUUUUACGAAUUGUCGAUUGAUUGAUAGCUAUCGCGUCCGUUACAAGUUCAUGCUAGAAUUAAACCUUGUUGGCACUUAUCAAUUCAUUACAUGAAGGAGUGAAUUUCUGGGUUGUGUUUACAAGGUGCUUAGAUCAUGAAUGAUAUUUUCUAAAGAGGCUACUAGAUCAGAGUAACGUGGUGCUUUUAACAAAAGAAACAAUAACUGAACUUAGUUAACUUAGUUUGCUAUUCAAUUGUUACAUUUUUAUCUCAAUUUUGUCAGUUAUCAUUUUUUAAUGUGCUAACCGCCUUCUUUUGUAUUAAAACCGGAGAAUCAGUUAUCUGUCCCUGAUCCUUACUAAAUUCUACUGGUUUGGUUGCGAAUAAACCCAAAACUUUAAGAAAGCAAAGCAGAGUUUUAUAAAUAAAAUUCAAUGGUAGUGCCAGUCUGCCUCGAGAUGUCUUUUGCUUCUCUCCUUGAAAUAUAAAUACCUUUUACCGAAUGGAUUGUUGCUGCAUGGCUAAGUGAAAAAACUUAUAAAGACUCACAAGACUUCUUUACUGAUUAAAGUAACUUACAUAGUUGUCGUCUCACACCCCUUAAUUUCAAGCUAAUGCCACAUAGAAAUUUUAAACCUGCGCUAUAAGUCACGCGGUAGCUUUUUCUAGUUUCCUCCAGUUGUUUCAUUUCAAUGUUCUUUCAAUAGGUAUUCUCUUGGCAGAUCGAACCCUUAUUCCAAGAAAAAUACAAGAAAACUAAGUUCAACAAUAAAAACUAGAAGGAAUUUCUGAUUCAAGUUGAGAUGAUCAAGGUUACUUUAAUACAGACACGUUUAAAUAGCGAACUAACUAGACCGGAUGGAAGUAAUCGGAAAAGACAAUCAUUCUUUUCAAACAAAAACUAAUCAUACCUUUUCGGUUACUCACUGUUAAACGUUUCCGUCAAAUUAUGAGUGGCGGAAAUGUGUGUUAACUGCUUUUUUUGACAUCUUUCUUCCUAGCUUUAUAUAAGGUCAUUCUCUUUACUACAUGUUCACCAUAAAACUGCAUCCACUCCCGGGUAUAAGUGAAUCAGGGACAGAGCUUAUAUAUUUUAUUAACUAAGCCAAGAUUAGCGGUAAGUAAGUGAUUGAAGUUUUCUGUCUAUUAAAUUGAGUCUCUUUUUUCCUACGGGAAACUGAAUGUUUUAAUUCAAUACUCUUUUGCUCAGAUUUUUUAAACACCUUACAUAUGAUAAUGUAAUAUGUUGAACAAAACGUUUUGAAGAAACUUGGAAAUUUAGUCUCAGUACCCAAAGCUGUUACAGCAUUAUACGUAGGCCAUCCUUAUGCAAAUUACACCAGCAAAGCGUAUUUUCUACAACACCGCAAGGACUAUCUUGUAAUUGUUGGUUUUAAUUAGUUUAGGGAAACUUUGGUACUCAGGUAAAACAAAACUGAAUGCAGGGCUCGCACUACGGCAAAGAGCUGAUUUAUUAUAGGCCAAUAUUUCGGCUAACAAAAUUAGCCUUCCUCAGGGCCAGAGCUAUACGGAGAAAAAAUAUCUUUUAACGGCUCCUAAAAUUUGAAUUUAAAAUUCAAUUGUGGUUAAUAAUAAACUACAAUUAUAAAAUAGAAUAAUAUACAGGUAAAUGAUUAUACAAAAAAAAAAAUAGAAAUAGAAAUAGUUCAAUGUUCAUUCCUUCGAUCGGUUCAGACUGUCUGUUGACGGGGUUUUGCGUCUGUCUAUGAGGUGCGCUUCUCUUUCCUUACGGCGUGAAAUGCUAGAGGUGGGUUGUAAUUCCAGUGGAAUAAGUUUCAUGUCUGCGAUCGAGUGGCCAGGUUGGUUAAAGUGGGAAGAGACUGCUGCUGUGGCGUUUGCGUGGAGUGGAUUGUUUGUUGCCUGUCUAUUUUCUUUAAAGCGUUCACGAAGUAUCAGCGUUUAGUUUCACCUAUAUAUUGUUAUUAUGAUGAUGAUGAUUAUUAUUAUUAUUUUAUCAUUAUUAUUAUGAUUCUUUGUUACGGGUGGUAGUAGUUCACAACGGUGAAAUAAGACAUCCUCGUUGUGGUAUGUUUUUUUAGCCAAGAAUCAUUCGGAUAAAUUUAUUAACCAGAAUUUAACCUCUACAGUAAACAACAUGAUUGCUUAACUCGUGCUCAGACUGGCUCCUGGUAUAAGCUUCACCCCAUGUAAACGAAUCGGGAUUCCGGAAUCUUGGAAAUUUUUGUCGGUGGAAUCCGGAAUCCUGGGACUUGGAAUCCGGAAUACAGCUGUAGGAAUCCAGAAUGCCAAUAACAAUUGGAAUCCAGGAUCCAAGUUCCACUGAGAAAGAUCUGGAAUCCAGUAAUUGGAAUUUGGAAUCCAAGGCGUGGAAUCCAGAAUCCAAGACUGUCUUGGAUUCCCUUACAUCGGUUUCAAGACCCAAACGCCUUGCAACAAACACCACUCCCCUGAGCUUUAAUUUCUGAGGAUUACUGAAAUUUUUUCACAUAGUCAUUAUAUACUGAAAGAAAACUGUCGGCUUUAGCAUUGACGAGCCUAUACACCUUCCUUAAUUUAUUUAUGUAUUUAGCGUUUGUUGAAUGUUAACAUUGAUAUUUUUACUUUUUUAGGCUCGUAGACCACUGCGCAAUGAAUCAGCUUCCUAAUUUAAUAAAAGAACACGAAGACGAUACCCGUGACACAAUUGGAGGAAUAUUUUGUAAUCUUUUUAAGCGAAAUAAGGAACAAAUGACUAGUAGUAUCGGAAUUGUGUUUAUUGUAUUUAAUUUAAAGCUACACUUGAAAGUUUAAAGGCAAUGUUACCCAAGACGAUUCGCAACCGCGAUUCUUAGCUCAACACAGCGUUGCAACAUUGUUGGAACAUUGUUUCGAAUAAAUCCAACAUUGUUCCAACAUUGCAACGAUGUGUUGCGCUAAAAAAAUCGUCGUCGCGAAUCGUCCCGCGUAACAUGACCUUAAUUUCUCGAAAAAAUAGAGUAUUGAAUUCGAAGCUUUGGCAUGUUAGUGAAUAAAUAGCCGCCGUAGCAAGUCUUCGUACAUGUGCUUCAUAACUUUUACAUCGGUGUAUAUAUAUAUAUCAGCGACUUCGCUUAACAGAAGAGCAAACUUUACUGAGUUCAGUAAGUCUUAGAUGGACGCAUUAGUGACUUAUUAAAUAAUUUAUUUGACUGUCAAAUAAGAGACCUGGCGUAUUUUCGAGUCCAACAUAAUUUCACUAAAAAGAUUGAAACUCAGAAUGCCUUUUCCAAAGCUUCUACCAAGUUUGAAACUGCAUUUCAUCUUCUGGAAACAGAAAUGGAAAUGAAACCACACAAAUGGGUCACCGGUUCUAAAGGAACCCCUUUUAAUUAUCUGCAAUUAAAACAUACAAAAUUAAAAAUUCAGAAAAAAAAGGAAAUAGUCUCGUCAUUCUCAUUUUCUGGUCCAAUUGAUGAUUUUCUGGAUUCUUGCAAACGUUUUCUUGCCUGUUAUGAAAAGAUUUCACGACACUGAAAGGGGAAAGAGAGAGGCUGGAGAAACACAAUGUGUUUAAAACGUUCAGUGAUAUUCUUUCGUGAUGGAAGCCCGUUUUGUACGACACAUCAUUCAUAAGAAAAAAAAAUGGCACGCUGUGUAUCUCUUUGUCCCUUUGCUUUCGUAUAUUGCAAACCAUGAGGUUAAUAAACGCGCCCUCUUUCUACCAUUCUUUCUAACUAUUUUUAAUUCUUUUUACCUUUCAAAGAGGUUUAAUGAAUAGAAAACCGGGCGGAUUAUGUUGCGAUACCAAAGAAACUGGGAUAAAGAGAGAAAAGAGAAGAAAAGGGAAGAUGAACAAAAUAUGACAUAAAAAUGUGACUCGCGAUCGUGUGACUAAACAAUUAACUGGUUGUUGUCUGACUAAAAACUACUGAGAAUUUUAUUUUUUUAAUCAUGUUAGGAAAGAAUAUGGUUUGCUUAAUAAAUUAAUUUCAUCCGGUCCCGGAAUAACUUGAAACUUGAAAAAGAACAAUUUGAACUUGGAGAUUGUCUAAGAAAAUAAAUAAGCGUUUCACCCAAUUAAUCAUAAAGUCCAUGAAGUUGUAACUGAUCGUUGACGAUUAAAAGAGCAGCACACUUUAAAGUUAUGACAAAGAGAACAAAAACUGCGUCCGGUCUUUCAAUUACUAGUAUUGAUAUUUUAAUAAGGUUUGGUCAUACACCUGUAGAAUGCCACGUGUGAAAUGACCACAAGAUACACAAUCGUGAAGUCUGUUUCAACUUUUGUGACAUAUUUACUGGAUCUUUCAAAAACGAAAGACAAAGAGGAAGGUCACUCAUUCUUUUACCUAUCAAGAAACAAGUGACAAUUGAAAGAACAGUUUCCCGACAUGUAGGCAGUCUGGAAUAAUUACGUGGCGUCGUUGGCGUUUCGGCUAGAGUUAAUAACAAUUUAAGUGGAAAUUUCACUUUCAAACAGUUUUAUCAUAUCAAUGAAAACAGUGGGUGAUAUCGAUACCUGCGGUUGGCUGUUUGAUGUGCAUUUAAACAGUGGGAUUUCUCACAGUUCACAGCUGAAGCGAGAUCAAUUUAGCUUUCGUAUGCGGAGGAUAGCUAUCUCUAAACAAUACCAACUAGCGUAAACCUUAAGGCAGUAUUGUCUUGAUUUGUUUGCUGAGUUCGAUUAAGCCUUAAAUGAAUCAUUUCAGAAAGGGUUAAAAAGAGCGUUCAAGAUUGGUAAUAGUUGUCUGGUUUUCGGAGCCUUGCAAUUCACAAUGAGGGUAGCAUUUAUUACUUUUGUGGCUGUUUGCACUAUUUUGGCGAUAGAAGGAGGCAAAAAACAAGGCCUAUUCGCUGAUGCACAAGGUAAGUCAGAUAGAUACAACACGUCAUUGCCAAAUGUAAAGAAAGUCAAAAAGAAUUAUUCUUUUUUAUUCGUAAAGAACGAAAGGAAAGUGAAAUUAAGACCGAUCUUUUUACCUCUUUGUUGUCUAGUUGUAGUCAACCAACAACAAGUAAGGUCAAUGAGUUUUACACUUAGUUUAUGGCGAGUAACUGAACACCAUUAGGGUUUUCAUUGUUUGCAGUUUUUGUUUUCUUUCUGCUCGAAUUAAAACUAAAUACAAAUCUCUAAGAAAAAACAUUCCGUGUACGUACUUCUGAAUAAUAAGUAAUGUUUGGAAGACUCAUGCAUAUAAUGAUUUAAAAAAAUGAUGAAAUUGGCAAAAGAAUGAUGCCGCAUGCACUCUAUUUUCUAAGCCGGACUUUGUAUAGCUUAUUAUCAAAAAUAUUCUUCCUCGUCGCAACCCUUCCCAUCCCAAUCUUUGGCCUUCCUCUUCUGAAUUGCUUGAAAUCACAUGAACCAUGAAAGGACCUGGUAAGUGAUCCAAUUUUUUUUUCAAAUUUAAUUUCUUUUUGGUUUUUGUUUUUCGCAAUUAUUUUUGACUCUAUAAGUGCCUGACAAACAUAAUUUCUACGCUUCAAGACGCUUCCCCGAAAAACUCAUCCACGUACCACUGUUUAAUUAGGUUAAACCACUAUGAGCUCAAGCGCGUUUUCCAAUUGGGCAAAAAUUGUCACAUGCCAUGUGUCAGCUCCCCAGCGCGAGCAAAACUUGCUCCCACGUGAUCACUCCGCCUGCCUUGAAAACGUGGCAAGUUUGCUUAGGCGAGCAAAAAUCACAAGGGUUCGGACAAAUUUUGUGUGGAAAAAUCUUUCAUGGACCCGCCUUUCGUUUACGCGGGACCGCGUAACCGUGCAAGUUUUUGAACGUCAAAGCGUGGAAAAAUUUGUAUGGUCUCGUGUAAAAAGUACCGCCAUAAAUUAUCCGGCUGUAACAACCCCGUACAAAGGGGCUGCAAAGAUAAAAGGUACCUGAUUACUUGGUCCGUUUACCUUGAGACAGCGGGAAAUUUGUGUUCCAGUCAAGCCAUUAGAGCGGAAUAAUUUUGCUCAGUCUUGGCCAACAGACCAAUUUAAAACUUAUUUUAUUUUUGAUAUGGUGGACGCGGUACGGCCUUCAGCAAGAUCUGCGUAACAGAACUCACUGUUUCCCUUGCCCUUGGGGCCCCUCAUUUUAAAAGAGCUUUUUAAUUUCAAUUUUAGCACAAUACUCAUCAUUUGCUCGUCACAUUUUUGAAUAUUUAUUUAGAAGUAUGUAUUUCUACUUUUAUCUAGGCCUUUAUCAACUUUUGACAUAAGUUACUAGUGAGAAUCAUGCCCUGUCCCUUUACUACUUCUUAUUAGCUAGAUUUAAACUGUUAAAUCCAAUCAAAUGUUUUUUCUUACAGAAUUAAUUUAAUUUUUGAAUGUUAUACAGGAAUAAAAUUUGAGCCAUUGGGAUGCUUUAGGGACGAAACGACAAAUCCUAGACCAUUGCCCAUCCUUGUUAAGAACUUCCGCUGGCCAGCUCAAAUCGACUGGAACAAUUUAAACAAGACCAUCGAAGCGUGUGCUGUUAAAGUCAAGGAGGCUGGUUAUGUAUACUUUGGUCUUCAGUUUUAUGGUGAAUGCUGGAGCGGACCGAAGGCUCAUUUAACUUAUCACGAAGAUGGCAAAUCAAAAAGAUGUAUAGCCGGUGUUGGAAGGGCAUAUGCCAACUUCGUGUAUCGGCUGGUGUUUGAGGGUACGUACUACAGACUGUCUAAAUACAGUUGGAACCUCUCUUUUGAGACAUCACUCCUUCAUUCAGACACAAAAUUUGGUCGCGGAAAACUGAUCACAUAAUCUUUGUAUUUGGUACCUCUUGAUUGAAGGGACACCUCGAUUCAAGGGAAAGGGACACUUGUUCUGGGUCCCAAAACCCGGUUUUAACCUUUUAGGGAGCAACUUAGUACUCAAAAAGUGACCGACCACAAGAAGGGUUGGACAAGUUCACUGUUUACUGGAGUUAAAAUGUCUACAGCUUUUAAAACAUGAACUACAUCUCACUAAAAUCGACCUACUAAACUAAUAAACUUGUAUAGAUUCAACACACAACCGACAUCGCAGAGACAAUUACAUCAUGACUUUAAUUAUGCAUUAUCUAGCUGCUUGAAACAAUGACUGUAGCAAAUUCUGAGGCAGUCAAGUAAAAGAAACGUAUUUUAUUAAACCGUAGCCCAACUUCCAUUCAGAAUACACUUGCCUCAAUGGUUCCGAGGGUGUCCUCUGAAUAAAGGUUCCUCAGUAAUACCAUUUGAAUUACAGCGGAGGCUUUGAAACCGAUUAUAUAGCGAUAUUAAUAAACACACUCAUUAAUAGAUAAAUUUUCAAGCACGUUUCCUCGUUAAAAAUAUAGAGUAGUCCUGGAUUAGUUUGCUGGGGUCAAAAGGAAUACUUUGAAGAAAGGAACCGCGAAACAAAAUGUCACUACCAUGUCACGGAUUUUUGGAAGGAACAGCUUAAAAAUCAAUUUUACCGAGUUGUUCUUCGGAAUAAGUGAAAUCCUGGUGCUUCUCAAUAAUCAUGAACAAGACUUUCAAAAGCCUAUGUAUUAACGACAAAAAUAUUUCUAUUUAUUCAAUUCAAACACUUUUGUAUUUUCACAUGAAUAUGAUCUAUUAAUUUAUUUUUAGAAUGCAAAACCGAGAAUUACAAAGUUCUGGACAGCGCUGAUCGCUCUGUUCACCAUGACUAUGACGGCAGAGCUGGCUGUGAUAACAAUCUUCAACCCGGUUGGUACAGGUUCCAAGGGAAUGCCGGAAGUACCAUGGCCAAUGAGUGUCCAGAUGAAAGAAAGUGUGGUACUAUAGUACCAGGGUGGCUUCAAGGAUCGCUACCAGCUGUAAAAGAUGGAAAAGUCACCAGGAAAGUCUGCUUUAAUCGAAGAAAUAAUUGUUGUCGUUCGUCAGUUGAGGUAGAAGUUCGUAACUGCGGUGGAUUUUACGUGUACCAACUUCCAAAAGCUCCGUACUGCCAAUUGAGAUACUGUGGGAGUGGUAAACAAGAGGUAAGCUGUUAUUUGAAUCCUUGAAAAUAGUGCAUUUUCUGUAAAGUGCUACCAUUUAACUUCUCUUAUUAUAAUUUAUAAUAUUUCAUAAAACUGUGCAUAUCCAGCUGCAUAAUUAUUUUAAAUCUAAAAGCGACUCCUCCAUUUAAUACUUAAAUCGUUGAAAGCCGAGCGAGCGCACGCACAAAAAAAAACAAAAUUAAGGUAAAGUUUCUUGAAAUUUAUCAGAUGGACAGUAGAAAACUUUUGACAGCACUAGCUGACCUCCUGUGAAACAGACAUGGGAAUCGCCUUUGCCCACUUCCACAGAUGCUUCACCCAUAUACCGCAAGUCCUCUUUUUUGGACUGGUUUUCGGCUGAUUAGCAAAGAAAUGGCUAAAAACGAGUUUUUCAACAAUAAAGGCAUAUUUUCCGACUAAUCGGAUGUAAUUAAGCACCUUUUGUUUGUUUUGGCGCAUGGCAUGAUCUUGGGCCAAUUUUUUUUUUUGCGAAUCUAUUUCGAUCUUUCUUUCUCGUUCUCGUGUUUCUUCCUUUUUUCCCUUUUACAAAUCGUUUUCAAUACGCAGUUUUGUCGUCCACUUUAUCACAUUCUUUAAACCAGAUUUUUGUUAGGUCCAAAAGAUAUUUGCAUUUGCAAAGCCGGAGUUGUAACUGGCUAACGUUUAAGGAAAGGGACUUAUUUUUGCGAUAGUUGUUGUUUAAGUAUGCCUUGGUUGUUAUAAUUCAUAAAUAUAUUAUUAUUAUUUUAUUAUCAUUUUGUCUAGGAAUGAAUCACAGCCAUUGAUGUCAGUUAUCUGGAGCAGGGCACACUACUUAAGAAAAAUAGGUUUAAAAAAUAGUAAUAAAAAAGGAUAACAUUAACAGACAAUAUAAAUGUCAAUAAAUUGUUUAUUCGAAUCGCUGAGGGGUGUUUUGAUUGAUCAUUUGCACCAUUGAGCAAGUUACGAAUUGAGGAAGAAGCAAACUGAUUGGGUAUGCCGAAUUUUAAUAUUUAAAGAUUUGUUAUGCUAUAUCUUUAUAUUUCAAUAUUGGCGUGUAAAGUCUUUAACCUUCAAGGUUUGGCGAGCAAAAGUCCUGAAAUUUUAAUAUUUGGCAUGCAAGAAUCUUUAAAUUUUAAAAUUUAGCAUAACAAAUAUUAAAAUCUCAACUGUGAAUGAUACUUAGUGCCAUAAAGAUCUCCAGCUCUGUCAAAACAGCUGAGAUAUCGACCUGCUCCUGUUCUCUUUUCUGUCACUGGCCGUCAUGCAUGCAGCAAUUUCCUACCAGUACUAUAUAUCUCUCACAAAUUUUUCUUAACAUGAAACACGUGUAUGCAUAAUCAUGGGCUGUACGGAAAACUUACCGUCAAUUAUCUGUAAAUGUGAUUCAAUUUUCUCGAUACAUGUCAGAUCUGAUAUUGGCAAACAUCUUCCCUUUUCACGGGUAGCCGGUUAUGGAGAAUUUACGCCAAUCAUAAACGGAGAAUAUUUUGAAUGAAUAGUAAUUAACAUUGUAUGUUUAUAUUCAUACUAUUGAUUAAACAACUGUCUAGGGCUGAACGUUAGGCUAAGAAAGGCAUAAAAAAAGCGUUUAGGGGCAUUUACUUGGUGCCCUUAAAAAUGGAGACAAAUUGUCUCAUGGUCUAGGAUGGCAGUAAUUUGUCUCCUGUUCUAGGACGUAAUUUGAACUUAGUCGAAAUUCGAUUCACUCAGGCUUUUUUUGAUGUAAAUGGCCGGAGGAGUGUUAUAUGCUAAUGAUUGGGCUAAACAGAAAGAAAUGAUGGGUGACAAUUUAUAAAACUCGCAAAAAAAGAAAAGGAAGCUGAUAAGAACUAUCCAACAAAGAAAAAUAUCUGUGCAAAACAAAUUAAAGAGCCCUGACAGUCUUGGCGCAAUUAUGAAAGAGCAAAAAAAUAUAUAAAUUAUUUGUGUCCUGGCCUUUCAUAUCACUUCUCUUUUCUUAACCGAGCUUAAAAUCUACCAUCAUUCUUCAUUUACCAACUCAGGUAAAUUAAGGCAUGGGUGGGUGGACUGUCUCUGAGCACUUAAGCAUUAGAAAGAUGAGACUUUUUUCAGAUACAUACAUGUGUGGUUUCUGCCAAUUUGGUGUUUUUCAAUUAUGCAAAUGAUGUCACGUGACUCCACACGACCAGAAAACAAUAAAAAGUCUCUCUGUUGUGAGUUAUUAAACCGGACUACUUUAGGACAAGGUAUAAUUCAAGCAUCUACAAAACUGUGCUUGGCCGUUUUUGAAUUUUUAACUGUUUUGGAAAGUAAACGGUUUUUUCAACUAGACCUGGUUCCCCUAGGCAAUUUUAUCAGAUCUUAACGCCUUCGCUUUUAAAUAUCUUAAAAAAAGCCAAACACAGAAGUGACAUAUUAAACGGUCUUAACAUUACGCAACCGGUAAAAAUAAUUGAGGACACACGAAAACGUGUUGCCUUUUCAAGAACAAGCUUUUUCAGACGAUAGAGGUCACGUGACCUAAUUUGCAUAAUUUUAAAGCACGAAAUUAGCACAAACUAAAAAUGUGUGCAGCAGGCAAAGUUUCAUGUGUCUACAUCUAAAGCUCUUAGAUAUAGACCACCCCUCACUUUUGAAGUGAACAAACUGAGGUAAAUUGAGGCCCAGGCCUUAGUUUACCUGAGAAUGACAAUCAUGUUUCUUUAGUUCUAGCCACAGGGUCUUUUUUGGUAGGGUAAUUUAUCCUAUAUUUAUUCAACCGCUGUUAAGAUCUCGAAACUGGUUUUCACCAAGUAAGGAGCUCGAGGUAUGCUUUAGAAGCCAUAAUAUUUUUUGUUCAUUUCGUCUUAUAACCCGAAAAAGUAAUUGUUUAAAGCGAGUUCUUACCAAAAUGCAAGUAAAGCUACCACAAAUAAAAUCAUGAUAGUUCUUUCUUUUUUGACCACAUGGAAACCUCUCUUGUCGGGCACUUUUCAUUCAAAAGACAGCAUAUUUCGACACUCGAGAAUUCACUUAUUAUAAAAGCUAUCCGUAUAGGAUACUUCAGAAGCACUUUUGUGAUUUGAUUUUUAAAGACCGAUUAAAACUGCCUUGUUUGUGCAAGCCUAAGAUUUUGAUGAGGAACUAGAAUUUAAUUGAACUAAUAUCGGCUUCAGUAAAAAAGACGACGAAGUUUAUUGUGCGAGUUCUCACCCGGGAAACGAAGUUAACUCAAUUUUAACUUCUUCUCUUUGGCACUCCAAAAUAUUGAAACUCAGUUUUUUCAGUUUACUGCUGAAAUUGUGGACAGUUUCAGAUAUAAAGUGAUUACGGAAGUUAUAUGAUAGCGUGAUUUUCUUUAUCUUAAAAGCAUAUUUACGUAAUCAGGUGGGAAUUUAUUCAAGUUAACAGCUUAAGUGAUAGAAGCUUCUAUGGAAUCGAUCGGGUGUUUUUUUUAGCGUUCAUUGUUAUCAUUUGAUUGUAAUCUUUUCAACUUUUUCGAAGAUCGCUUAGGUCAGUGCUCCGAUUUCAAGACAUAUCCCGCAUCGUCCGAAGAUUCCCUGUACAUAAUAUUGAAGUUAAAGAAAAGGCCAUUCGCCGCUUUAAACGAUUCUUCGGCUGCAACAUUUCUCCCACUAAGUGACUGUAUUUACAUUGUACACACAUGAAUACAUGACUUUCCUCCUUUGACUUUUUUUCUCUGUAUCGCUUCUUUUUUAAAGUGCUAUAACAUUUAAUAUUGUUAAGGACGUUGUUAUUUCUCUAUCGCUACGUCUAGACAAUGCAAAUGCUAGCAUCAAAAUCGAUGGUACUGAAAAUGAAAAAAAGUACUUGUCAUUCAGAAAGUUGCAUAUUCCAUAAAUGUAUGCUCAGUAUUGUUAAUGCAAACACAGAGCCAAGGACACUAAAACAUUGAUAAUUAAGUUUGUCUUCGUUGAGUCCAUCAGUUUAGACAAGGGCAAUCGAAAUUGUUGGUCAGGAACUAUAUAGAGGACUGUAGGCGGUGUAGUUGUAAUAUCAUAAUCAUCGUUCUCACAUGAAAACACCCACCCAUUUUAGUUCAUCGCCGGAUUUCGAAAAACUUUCAAGUUUUCCCGAAAUCUGACUGGAAAUCUUAGAAAGUUCCCCUUAUCACGACCAAUUAAGUUGCUACAACCUGAUCUUCGCUCGCGCCGUCUUUGUUCUACUUUCUCGGUCAACUCUCUGGAAGUUCUCUUCCUCCCCUGGCAUGAUGUUUCGUCUCUUCGUUGUUGCAUUUCUUCUAAUUCAUGUAGGCCUCAAAGCGAGCUCAACAGGUUGGUAAAUUAUAACUAUUAAUAUUUUUUUUUUUUCACAUAGUUCAAGUUAAAGCCUAUCGAUGUUAAUCCAUUUCAGGAACGCAGUAUAGUGGUAAUAAUAGCGUCAUCUUUCCUAACAGUGUGACAGGCAUCGACAAUAUAUGUACGUAAACUGCCGUGAAGAAAAAAAGUACAGUAUAUUGCCAAGACAUCCCACAAAUUGUUAGACUUGAAGAGAAAAACCAUGAAUUUGCGUAGAGGUCUAAGCUAACAAGGACAAGCCACGCUAGAAAUCAAAACUAAAAGAACAUUAUUUAAUUUGUGACAUAAGCUUACUGGCAAUAAAUAAUAGAUUCACGUCGAAAUACAUAAGGAUCGUGAUUUUACAUAGUUUUUUGCUUCAUGAAAUCUAUUUACUAUACAUUUUUCCUCAUUUCUUCAUUCGUAUUCUUUACUCUCGGAAAAACCUGCCAAGAGCAUUUUGCCGGCAGGUGCAAUGGACGAUAUUCGAACGAGACAAUGUGGUUCUAAAUUGUUUGUGUACAUGACUUUAUGAGUUGUCGCCACGUGUUCUUAAUUUCAAUGGCCAUAUUAAUAGACAGAUUGCGUCAGAAAAUUUAUUUUGCUAUAAUAAAAUUUAUUGACUAGCACUUUUUCACGUUAUGCAAAUUUCUUCCGCGAGGAUCCGGCAUUGCUUGCAAUUUUCUCUAAGGUCACUUAUGUCAUUUUUUUUCCUGAAUAAACAUUGAACACCAUUAAAAUGAUUUCGAAUGUUUUAAUUGACUGAUCAACCUUCAAAAUAUCAGCUUUAGAGCCAUGUGUUAUUUAAAACAAUCUUCAAAGUCGUAGCUACUCUGUCUACAGUAUAAUAACAUCAGCACUUAAGUAGGUAGCCACCACUACAAGAAGAGCCUCGAUCACUUUGUCUUCUUGAUCGAGCAAGCGAAAGAGACUGCUGGCAGGGUAGAAAGUAGCGGGAAGGAAAGACAAUCUUAGACUGCGAACAGUCUCUUUUUUUUUUCUUUUGAGUGAAGGUAGAACGCGAAAGCGCGCUAGGAGCGAGCGGCGAAGCCACGAGGAACGAGGGCAGAGCCCAAGCGAAGAAAAAAAUCGUAAUGAUGAUUAUGAUAAUGAAUUAUUUUUAUUCUGUUUGCUGUUGCCUGUUAUUUUUACUUUCACAUUUUGUAAUCGGUUGGUGAGUUGCCUAACCGGCUUUUAACAACCUAAUCGUGAUGAUGAUGAUGAUGAUAACGAGACUGCAAUUCGGAUCUUUGAUCAUGAUCAGACGCUUUGCCCCUUUUCACGCCUUUCCCUCUCUCGCCCCACUCCCUACUCCUUUUUUGCCAUUAUUUUCCAUAAUUUUACCUUUUCGCUCGUCGCGCCUAUCUCUUAGGAAAGAGGGACGACAGCUUGUGGUCUAACGGACAAUCUUAAAACUCUUUUUUAUCGUUGUAGGUAAUUCAAAGUAUGUGAAGGUCGGUUGCUUUGAAGAUAGAUUCCAUUCAAGAGCUCUUCCUGAAUUGAUUGCAAACUAUCGUGGCUCAGACCAGUUCGACUGGUUUAAUCUGGAUAAAUAUGUGAAGAAAUGCGCUGAAGAGGCAAAGAAGAGGAAUUAUAUGUUCUUUGGGUAUGUUUAUAUCAAGUCAAGAUAGGUAACUGAUAAUAAUAAAUUAAGUAAUAAUAAUAAAUUAGUUACGGAAUUCUUUUGGAAUACAUACAAGGAAGGACAGCUUAGGUACAGAGAAUGACAAAGGCAACGGAUUCAAGAUUGUUGGUCCUCGAUAAAGGAUACUGAUGAACUGCUUUACAUUCGUUCUACAAAGAAGAGGUCUAUACUGAGAGGUUAGUCGAGUAUAAUUUCGUAUCAGUAGACCUGGUCAUGAUCACCACCGCUUGAAAAGAGGUUACGACACUACUAGGCCGAAGGUUAUGGUCGUAGUAAAAAAUUUUUGUUAAUUAUUUGCAGAAUUCAGUUUUAUGGAGAAUGUUGGAGUGGAGUGAAUGCAGCUCUCAGCUAUGAUAAGUACGGUCCCUCCCCUCGAUGCAUACAAAACGUGGGUAUGGACCUAGCCAAUUUCGUCUAUAGAUUUGUAGGGGAAGGUGAGUUUUCGGUUACGUCAUAGCCUUUAAAUACAGCCAAUCCUCUUCUAUUUCUUUUAAUUUGUUGCACGCGUGGAGCAAAGAGAAUAGGAGAAGUUUCAGUGGACGAAGGCUACAGCUAAGGCUUUUCUUUGCCAAUUUAGAUAGUAACUCUGAUAUAAUGUAAUGUCGUGGAUUAUAAUCAGAGACAACAAGACGCGCCCUCUUUACAUUGACAAUAAGCUCGGACGUUAGCAUACAAGGGCGACACUGGCAGCCUGAUAUUAAAGUUUUUGAAACGUGCGUGGUGGUAAAAAUAGUUUUAGUUCUACGAACAGCUGCCAGUGAAUUUAUGCAAGUCUGUUUGGCCAAAAAAAACAUAUUCCUGUGGAUAAUGUGGAGGUUUUCAUUUAGUUUUGCAUGAUUAAUGUGCUCUGUGCAUGAAGCGAUCAAGCUAGCGCUAGCCCUUUCGGGUUUACCAUUUGCUCAAUGGAUUAAAUUGCCUGUAGACAUGCAGCGCGCAUGCGCUUGAAAACGUCUUCUCCUCUUUACAUUCAUGUCACCUGAAUCAGACUGUUAUCUGCCCCCUUUUCAGAAAACGAAUGCCUGCAUUACACCAUCCUUAAAUCCUCGGAUCGUGCCUCAUCAUUCAAACUACCCACGGGUGUCUCACCGUCUUGUGAUAAGGAUCUUCCUCUUAAAUGGUACCGCUUCAUGCUACCAGCAGGGACCAAAAUUGCUUCAACCUGUAUUCCAUCCCAGCGAUGCAACACUGUAGUUACUGGGUGGAUGAAAACCCCCCAUCCUAAAUCCACUGAUGGCAUCGAUAGCGGGGAGAUCUGUUUCCGUUGGCAAUCUAAUUGCUGUAACUGGUCUCAAAACAUUUACGUUCGAAAUUGCGGCAGGUUCUAUGUCUACAAGCUUCCACACACCAUAGGCUGUCCUAUGCGCUAUUGUGCACAGCCAUGA